UGUUUGUACGUAAUGUAGUAGGAGUUGUACCUAUAAAUACCCAAAUCUUCAAUUUUUGCGGGUAAAGUUCGUUCCUUGGAACCCUAACAAUGGCGAAACCUCCUCCUCAUGCCCCUUGUCCAGAUUGCAAUGGAGGAGAUCCUCCUUGUCAUCCUUGUUCAGAUUGCGGUGGAUGUAUUCACAAUCAAUUCUUGGAAUCUGAAUUAGAAAAAUGGUAUCAGAAUCGCGUUUUGGAAGAUGAACUACAUGCUCGUGACAUUACAAUAGAAGAUCUUAGGUUCACAACAAAAAUGCUUCGGCUUCAGAGAGAAAUUGAGCGUCUAGACAGAGAAAUUGAGCGUCAAGACAGAGAAUGGGCUUAUCUGGUUACUGAAUUUGCUAAGAAGGUGCCUUGUGAAAUCGACAAGAAGGAGCUUGCUGAAAUAGCUAAGAGGCCCUGUUCUAAGGAAAAUGGGAAGCGGGUUGAUGAAAUAGUUAAGAAGCAUUUUCCUGAAAUAGCAGCAGCCAUCAUGAAAUCGUAGGAGCACCAUGUCGUUCAUCAUCAGGCAACUCGUGGAAACGAAGCCUGCAGAAUUCAUUUUUUUCAUUGAUAGUACAUUAGUUAGAGCAUUGAGGUCGCAGUAAGAGUUUAGGAAGAACAAUGAAUUUACAACUUACUACUAUGUUUACUUCUCUUUGUGACUUGUAAAGAUUACUACUCUAGUAGUAAGUUGUCUUACCAAUGGUUAAUGCAAUCUUAGCUUUGUGUUUA